AAAGACGUCCAUUGUUCCCUUCUGAGAAUAUAAUAGAACAAUUUGUGGCAUGAACCAUACGCCUUUAUUUUGUGCCAGCUUUUCAUGAAUGUUAAGAUGGCGAACGUGUGGAAAUUUUGUUGUGAAGUUGUUUUAAUACUUGUGGUUGCUAAAGAAACUUUGGGUGGUUGCACACAAGAUGGAUUGUCUUAUAAAUGCGAAAGUGAAGUUGAUGGAAAAACUACAAGUGUUGGUGUAACAUUGGUAAAUUGCAAGCCACCAAAAAUUAAAAUUGAACUGACCAUUGAAGCGAUAGAACUUAGUUAUGAAAAAGAAUUUGACUCUUCAACAGAUAUUCCAAUCCCCGGAGCAUCACUUGGUGGACUGGCUGGUUUGUACAUUAAUGUUCAGUUGAAAGAUGACUCUAACGAUAACAUACACAUAAAGAUCAACCUACGAGUAAAGACCCUCAUUUCCACAGCAACAAUACCAGUUAUGGACGAACGUGUUGCACACAAUGAUUGCAACGAAUUCCUUGUGUGGUGGUAUUCACAAAAAAAACCGAUAAGAAUUGUUAUCAUAGUUGGAGCAAUCGCACUGGUGAUUGCAUUAAUCUCGUGUUGCUGUCGUUGUUGUCGUCGUCGUCAACGAUCACAAUUUGUCAUGGCACCAGCGAUGUCACCAGCCAACAUCAUGGUUGUAAAUACUUCCAAUAAUAUGCAAAUGACAGCGCCACCGCCAUAUACCUCAAGCUCUAAGCUUCCCUAUUCCAAAUUACAAGAAUACAAUUGACGAAGCUUUACUCCAAAUCACGUUGUAUGAAGUCCGGAUCAUAUAACUGUAGAUACAAAUUGUACGAAGUUGUUCCUAUUUGUUAUUUAAUGAGUGUUUAGAAAGUUAAAAAGUGUACGCUAAACGUGGAUGCUCAGGAAAGGUUGAAUUUUAACAAAUUUUUACCUGGGAACAUUGAUUUUUUGAAAAAUAUGAAGAAAUUAUUUUGACAUGUAUAAACCAGGAGCGUCGAGUGAUUUCAACCUUGUUCCCAUGUCAGAACUUGACAAUACCUGUAUACUACUAUUUUUUAUUUAACAUUUUAUCGCAGGAAGGAGGAAAGUGGUGUAAAAUCCGAACUCUGGAAAGUCUGGGUACAAUUUCUGAUUUGUGAGUCAUCCCUGUGUGCCCGUAUUUUAUUGCAUCGGUAAUGUUAUCAUUAUUGACCGUUAGUGGGGCUUUAUGAGGGUCCAGAGUCAUAGAAGAGAGAAAAAUAAAACACAUUGCUUAUUCAUAUAUUAGGAUCAGAAGAUUUCAGGGGACGCGGCAGCAAGAUGGCGCAUGUUUUUCAUAAAUUUUUAUAAUACUUUUAUAUGGAGUACUUGUUAUGUAGCUAACGAUUAGAAAUUAGUUUUAAAUAAAAAACACAUUUAACUUUUUUUUUUCAAUUCCUUUCUUG